UGCUGUUCCGGUCGCCAUCUCGCUUCGUCCUGUGUGCUGUGCUUAGUCCCGCGCCCGCAGCCCUCGUCUUUCCUUCUUGCUCCGGCACCGCCGCUUCCGCCCCAAGAAGAUGAAAGAAACGAUCAUGAACCAAGAAAAGCUCGCCAAGCUCCAGGCCCAAGUACGCAUCGGUGGCAAGGGUACUGCCCGUAGAAAGAAGAAGGUUGUUCAUAGAACAGCUACAGCAGAUGACAAGAAACUUCAGUUUUCUUUGAAGAAACUGGGUGUCAACAAUAUUUCUGGAAUUGAAGAGGUAAAUAUGUUUACCAACCAAGGAACAGUCAUUCACUUCAAUAAUCCUAAAGUUCAGGCAUCUCUGGCUGCUAACACUUUCACUAUCACUGGACAUGCUGAGACAAAGCAGCUAACAGAAAUGCUUCCUAGCAUCUUAAAUCAGCUUGGAGCUGGUAGUUUGUCCAGCCUGAGGAGAUUGGCAGAAGCCCUACCCAAGCAGCCUGUGGAUGAAAAAGCCCUACUUGCUACUGGUGAUGAUGAUGAAGUUCCAGAUCUUGUCGAAAACUUUGAUGAAGCUUCAAAGAAUGAGGCAAACUGAACUAAGUGAUACUUUCUGAAUAAAGAUAAAACUUGAAAAAGAUACAUGGAUAUUAUAAAUGACCGAGACUCAAUAUUCU